AUGGAUCUUCCAGCCCUACCAGAACGUGAACAUCGAUGGCCACAAAACAUCUAUGCUGCAGAUGGUAUUAUCCGUAACAUCUAUAGCGCUGCGAUUAGAAUGCUUCGAUCAAAUGAUGCGGAACCAACCAGAGUGGCGUACCAUUAUGAUGCACUGUCCGCAGAGGCCCUACCUUUGCUUGAAGCGAUCGAAAGUGAUUCAAGUCCUGCCGAUUACCAGCUUCUGCACGACUGGCUACUAGCAUGUGCUAGGCUUGUGGGGGAGGCAGGUGCGAUGCUUAAGGAUGUCAGCCGAAAUCUUCAUGCGGAAAAUGUUGGACAGUCAAAUGUUAUAAUCCCAGAGCUUGUGACUCUGGACCAUCAGGGACGUCGAGGGCAUCCGAGAAAGAACAUUAACCUUGAAUUUGUCCAUGAAGCCCUGUCUAACAAGCGUCACAUCAUGCUGCCAGAUCUCGCGCGACUCCUCCAAGUGUCCCGCACCACUUUGUGGAAAUUUAUUCGUCAACAUGGUCUUGAAAAGCGCUUCACGACGAUUAGCGAUACUGAUCUCGAUCAACUUGUAAGGACUUUCAAAGAACGCAAACCGGAGUCAGGAUUCCGGUACCUUGUUGGGUUCCUUCGGUACCAAGAAUGGAACUCCCAUCCUAUUCAUGGUUCUGAUACCAAGGAUCAAAGCCCUCAGGAUAUGCGCCUUCUAGGACAGGCGUCAUUAGGCGUCUAUGAAGAUGAGUUUGAGGGGAUACAUCCUGCAAUCCUGCAGCGCUAUUAUGGUAUUCAUGGCAGAGAGUUGGUCCGCGGUCGCAAUCAGACAGGUGCUGGCCACCCAAAUGACGAGUUGGAUGAAUCAGAUGAAGAUAGUAUUAUUGGCCGCAUCGAGCGGGAUCAAGCAAACGAUGUCCAACAUGACGCUGUUGAGGUCGCAGAUGGUAAUACUCCUUUUCAGAAUGAAGAAGAUGAAAAUUCGUUCUUUGAAAUACUUGAGGAGGUCGUCAUGGAUGGUAUUGUACCGGAGGGAUACAAUUUACAGGAGGGUGAAGAUGAGUAUGAUGAAAACACAACUGAACAUCUACGAGUCGGACGACAGAGGGAGAAUUAUGUUGAAGUAUCGUUAGCAGACCCUAUCUGGAGGACUCGCUCAACAUUAUGGGCUCAAGCGGCUAGCGUUCUAGGUCAUUUUGAAGCAGAUGUAUUUUUCUAA